AAGACCGCAUGCCCUAGAGACUGUCGGAGUUUUUGUACUGCCUUCUGGAACUCGUAGUCCUUUAAGGACGCGAAGGGGGCUUAUGCCGCGGGCAGGUUACCGGGGGUGGACUGCAUUUCCCAGGGUGCAUGAAGAAACCGAGGCGCUGAGGAGGGCGGGAGGACUGUUUCCAUAGCAAAGGCGGCUGGUUGGGGCUGGCUGACUGAGAAAUGGGGCAGGCCGCGGGACCCUCGGAUUGUGCGUGACUACCGGCAGCCUCUUGGGAGGGCGUUUCGAUUUUUUUUUUUUUUUUUUUUUUUUUUUUUUGUCCUCGGCACCCUCCACGGGACUCUGGGCCUCAGUUUUCCUACCUGAGAAGAAGGGUGUGGAGCCGUCCCCCUGCCCACAGUCCGCGGUGAUGGGGCAAACCGAGGUCGAGCCGCUCUGGUUUGCCCAGCAAAGACAAGGAAACUGAGGCCUAUAGAGGUUCUAAGACUAGCCCAAGGUCACACAGCCAAUAAAUGGGAGAGAUGUGCCAGCCAUCCACUGUCAAAGCCUGAGUACUGCCUUUCCUACUGCCCAUUCUACUGUGGAACAUCUCUGGCUAUUGAAACGUUUUCUCUCACAUAAAGCUAAAAAUCUCCUUCUCACUAAACUGCAGGAUGAACCUUCAGAACUGAGUCUCCUUUGGAUUUGCCCAGCUAGUGACUACAACUGAAGCCCUGAGACAUGCACUCCUUGGGACCAGGAAAGGUAAGAAGGGCAUCCUGAAAAUCCUUCCUGAAGAUGAUAAGACUUGGCAUCAUUUUGAGAGGCUUAUUUGUCAUUGAUACUGCCCCAGGAGCUGGGGGAAUUGAGUGGCACCUGAGGAUAAUGAACUAAGGACACCUCUGGCUCAGAACUUGAGAAAAUCCCUCUGGACCCAAAGAGGCCACAAGCCCACAGAUUAAAGCCCAAAUUCUACAGAAAUGAAUUUUUGUGAAUCCGUGACAUUCAAAGAUGUGGCUGUGGACUUCACCCAGGAAGAAUGGCACCACGUGGACCCUGCUCAGAGGCGCUUGUACAGGGAUGUGAUGCUGGAGAACUAUAGCCACCUGGUUUCUCUUGGAUAUCAAGUUUCCAAGCCAGAGGUGAUCUUCAAAUUGGAACAAGGAGAAGAGCCAUGGAUAUCAGAGGGAGAAAUCCAAAGACCUUUCUGUCCAGACUGGAAGACCAGGCCUGAAGGCAAAUCAUCACAUCUGCAGCAGAGUGUAUCUGAAGGAUCCCGUAGUGCAGAUGGCCUUUCACGUGCCACAUUCGAAAACACUUGGGAUGUUAGUAGCCAGUUAGAAAGACACCAGGAAAACUGGAAAAGAUAUCUGGGGCCAGAUGCAUCCACCCAGAAGAAAACAAUCACACCAGAGGAAAAUUUUCAGCAAAGUAAAUUUGGUGAAAACCCCAGAUUGAAUACAGUUCUGGUUACACAACUGAAUGUUCCUUCAAGGCCUAGUGAAUGUGAUACACUUGGAAGCAAUUUGGGACAGAAUUCAGAUAUAAUUAAUCAGAGUAAUAUCCUUGCAAAAAAGAAACCUUAUAAAUGUGAUAAAUGUAGAAAAGCCUUUAUUCAUAGAUCAUCACUUACUAAACACGAGAAAACUCAUAAAGGAGAGGGAGCUUGCCCCAAUGGUACAGAUCAGGGAAUUUAUCCUGGAAAGAAACACCAUGAAUGUACUGACUGUGGAAAAACCUUCCUCUGGAAGACACAACUUACUGAGCAUCAGAGAAUUCACACUGGGGAGAAGCCCUUCGAAUGUAAUGUGUGUGGGAAGGCCUUCAGGCAUAGCUCAUCGCUUGGCCAGCAUGAGAACGCUCAUACCGGAGAGAAACCUUAUCAGUGUAGUCUCUGUGGGAAAGCCUUCCAGCGCAGCUCCUCCCUUGUUCAACACCAGAGAAUUCACACUGGAGAGAAACCCUAUCGAUGCAAUUUAUGUGGGAGAUCUUUUAGGCAUGGCACAUCCCUCACUCAACAUGAGGUGACACAUAGUGGAGAGAAACCCUUCCAAUGUAAGGAGUGUGGGAAAGCCUUUAGUAGAUGUUCUUCUCUUGUCCAGCAUGAAAGGACUCAUACAGGAGAGAAACCUUUUGAAUGUAGCAUAUGUGGGAGGGCUUUUGGUCAGAGCCCGUCCCUUUAUAAGCAUAUGAGGAUUCAUAAGAGAGGCAAACCUUACCAAAGCAAUAACUACAGUGUAGAUUUCAAGCACAGCUCAUCUCUUACUCAAGAUGAAAGCACUGUCAAUGAAGUGAAAUCCUAUCAUUGUAAUGAUUGUGGGGAAGACUUCAGUCACAUCACUGACUUUACUGAUCAUCAGAGGAUCCAUACCGGACAGAACCCCUAUGAAUGUGAGCAGAACUUUAAUCAACAACCUGUUUCUCAUCCUGGAGAGAAACCCUAUCAGUGUAAUGUAUGUGGAAAAGCUUUCAAAAGGAGUACAAGCUUCAUAGAACAUCACAGAAUUCAUACUGGAGAAAAACCCUAUGAAUGUAAUGAAUGUGGAGAAGCCUUUAGUCGACGUUCAUCACUUACUCAACAUGAGAGGACCCACACUGGAGAGAAACCCUAUGAAUGUAUUGACUGUGGGAAAGCCUUCAGUCAAAGUUCAUCCCUAAUUCAGCAUGAGAGAACUCAUACUGGAGAAAAACCCUAUGAAUGUAAUGAAUGUGGGCGAGCCUUUCGAAAGAAAACCAAUCUGCAUGAUCAUCAGAGAAUUCAUACUGGAGAAAAACCCUAUGCUUGUAAGGAAUGCGGGAAAAACUUCAGUAGAAGCUCAGCGCUAACUAAACAUCAGAGAAUUCAUACACGAAAUAAACUGUAGAAACCCUGAAAUUAAGGAAUGUGCAGAAAAUUUUAGCUAAAAUAUUGUUCAUAUUCAGUAUCAGAAGAUUCUUAAUGGAGAGGAAGCUUGAGAAUGUAAUGAAUUUGUGUCUGUGUGUGUGUGUGUGUGUGUGUGUGUGUGUG